AUGGCCAAAGUAUUGCAAGCCGGCUUCUUUUGUCCAACUCUCUUCACAGAUACGUAUGCCUAUGUAAAGAGUUAUGAUCGAUGCCAGAGGAUUGGAAACAUCAGCAACAGAAAUGAGAUGCCCCAAACAAACAUUAUCGAAGUAGAAUUGUUCAAUGUUUGGGGUAUUAACUUUCUUGGUCAUUGCCCUCCUUCUUUUGGUCACAAGUAUAUAUUGAUAGCAAUAUACUACGUAUCUAAGUGGGUUGAGGCCGAGACAUAUUCGACGAACGAUGCCAAGGUUGUAAAGAAGUUUUUGCAGAAAAAUGUGUUCAUAAGGUUUGGAAAUCCUAGGGCUAUCUUCAAUGAUGAGGGAUCCUAUUUUGUGAACAAAUGGUCGAAAUGGUUUCUUGAUAGACAUGGAGUGAAGCAUAAGGUUGCCACAGUUUACCAUCCGCAGACAAAUGGUGUAGCAACCCGUUUUUCAGUGGUGUAA